ACAUUUCAACAUAAAAAAGAAGAUAAAAAAGAACGAAAUAUCAUUGAUUGUUGGUUGAAUGAAUUAAAUGGUUUGCAGUGAGUGGAAAAUCGUACACAACGUUUAUAUGAAGUGUUUCUAGACAAACGGAGAAUAAUGUAUCAAAGUGCCUGUAGUGCAGCUACGACAGGCAGUUGUGCAGAACCCGAACGAAAUGAUAGAGAUGGUCUGAUACCCCAACCAGCCGUAGCACCAGUGGAACAUGAUUACAGUGGUUUUGAUAUUGUAAAAGCCACACAGUACGGUGCUAUUGGCCGUGUUAAAGAAUUGAUCGAAGCCGGAUGGGAUGUUAAUCAACCGGAUAGUGAGACAGUUACGUUGUUACACUGGGCAUCGAUAAAUAACCGAAAGGACAUCAUCAAAUACUUUCUGGAACGCGGAGCUACGGUUGAUGCUAUUGGCGGUGAGCUAUCAGCUACUCCAUUACAUUGGGCUACAAGACAAGGUCACUUGAGCGCCGUGGUUCUGUUAAUGGCUGCUGGAGCCGAUCCUACAUUACGUGACGCUGAGGGUUGUUCGUGUAUACAUUUGGCCGCACAAUUCGGACACACUGCAUUGGUAGCUUAUUUUAUCGCUCGUGGCGUAAAUCCUGAUAUACAAGAUCGAGGCGGUAUGACUGCACUCAUGUGGGCAUCAUGGAAAAUAUCGGCAUUGGAUCCAGUGAGACUGCUACUGACAUUGGGAGCGAAUCCUUCUAUGGUGGAUCAUACACAUGGCAAUACAGCCCUGCACUGGGCGAUUUUAGCACGGAAUGCUACGGCUAUUUCCACACUGAUUUUGAAGGGAAAGUCAAGUUUGGAUUCGACAAACCUCCGAGGAGAUACUCCAUUAAGUAUGCUACAAGUUCAUGCCGGUUCGGUAUGGAUUGGGCAAAAAAUUGUAGAAAAAAUCCGCGAGCACAGUCAAACAACGAUGCGGAGGAAUGUGUUCGUGCGAAUGACAUUGGAUAAGCGUGUACGAUGGUGGAGCAUGGUAGCGACUCCUUUCCUUACAUUUUACUUAGCUGGAAUAAUCUUUAAUGCCGAUACGUUAUACAUAAUCAAACUCUUCCUGCUUACGUGUGUAUACAUCGUUGCACAUACCAUCGGUAGAACAAUGUUCGACGAACACUUAAUGUCACUGCUACCACUUAGUGUGUACAUGGCCACAAAAGUAUGGUUCUACGUAACAUGGCUGUUCUAUAUUGCCGAUACGGUCUCAUUUAUGACAUCAGUUAUGUUUGUCGCAUGCAGUGGCUUAUUGUGGUUAUGCUUUUUAAAGUCGUGGCGUGGUGAUCCGGGAGUUAUUCGGCCGACACAAGAACAACGACUUAGGGAUUUGCAGACGAUCGUGGAACUUUCGGAACGGGGAGGCACUGGAUUCGAGCCCAGUCUGUUCUGUUCAGCCUGCUUAGUAAGACGGCCGAUUCGUUCAAAACAUUGUUCCGUGUGCGAUCGAUGUGUGGGACGAUUCGAUCAUCAUUGUCCUUGGGUCGGCAAUUGUAUUGGUACAAAAAAUCACAAAUAUUUCAUGGGUUUCCUGUGGUCACUGUUGAUUAUGUGCUGCUGGAUGCUAUACGGUGGAGCUCAUUUUUAUAUGCACACAUGCUCCGUACCUAUGAACGAUGGUAUGAUGACCUCAUUCAUUGGCAUCGGUACGUGCAAUCCAUGGGUCGGCUGGGUGAUGGCGAAUGCAUUGCUUCACUUUGGCUGGGUGGCGGUACUAACAUUCUGUCAGACAUAUCAAGUGGUAUGUCUGGGAAUGACAACAAACGAGCGCAUGAAUCGCGGACGAUAUCGUCAUUUUCAAGCCCACGGCGGUAAAAGUCCGUUUUCUCGUGGUCCGAUCAAAAAUAUUGCCGACUUUUUGGAGUGUGGCUGCUUUGGUAUGGUUAAACCGAUGAACAUUGAUUGGAUGAAUUACUAUGACAUGGAUGCGAAGAAUAUUGAACAUGAACCGUUGCUUAGUGGACCGCAAGGUGACGAUGGUUUCCAUAUAAUUUAGCUUUAUGAUCACGUUAACAAAAAGUGUACAUACCUUGUAUGGAAGUUGGGCAAACGAAAGCAUCUGUAAUGAGCAUAAUCUUCUUUUUCUGUAAGUUUUUCUUUUGAUGAUUUUAUGUGUUUAAGUUAGAGUGUUGUUGAUGCUUAACAUGGA